GUGCUUGUUGCAUGCAUCGCCAUUUUCGUACACGUCAGUUCACUUCCAGUCGUCGUCCGGGAGGCCAAUUUGGACGAUUCUUGCUUGCAACAAACAGCCUGGACCAGCAGCAGUAGUAGGCCACGUGGCAUUGAGUUAGGUUAGGACUUUCGGAUUAGUUGAGCUAGGUUAUGUUUUGAUGAGAGUCGUGACGCCGUGACGAAACUCCUCAAGACCCGUUGAAGGUGCGUGGCCGGAAGUCAUGGAGGGCUUCGACUACGUCAUCAAACGUCCCCCGCAGGCCCGGAUAUGCUUCGGAUCGGCCAUCACCCGCGAAGCGGUCCCGCUGCGAGGUCCCGCCAUGAGUUCCCUGAUGCGUCGCACAAUGUCCAAAUCCGCCCAAGCGGAAAACCUCGCCCCCGGUUCGUACGACAUCACGUACUACGACAAGGCCCACCAUCCGGCACUGCACCGGAUGGUCUACAGCAAACGUGGCUACGGAUCGCUUUCGGCGAGCUCGAUCCGCUUCCAGUUCGACGAGGUCAGCCACUGCCCGGGGGUUGGGGAUUACGAUGCGACCAAGGUGAAACCGGUAAAAUCUUCGGGAAAGCCGUUUGGAGCUACGGUUCCCCGCUGGCAGGAGAAACCGGUGCCGGCGGUUCCGGGUGCGGGAACGUACACGCCAAAGUCGCGCAAGGACAUUCAGCUGCACUCGUUCGGGGGCAAGAUCCGGAUCGUGCCGGCCACGAUGACCGUUUGCAAGACGGACAACUUUGACCGCUGUAUGGUGUGCGAACAGAAGCCGGAAGUGGACUACUGGAAGAACUUCAAAACGGACCGGAGCUUGUGCCGGCGGUGCAUGGAAGCGGAGGUAGACGAGGCAAAGUACCGGUCGAAAACGAAAUCUGUGAUGUUUAAGCGGUUGGGCGAACUUAAGGAGUUUAAGCGCAUCCGCCACUGUUCCUAUUAUCACAAGCACGAUAAAACGACGGCCGCGAUCCAGUUUGUGAGCAAUCGCGAGCUGAAGCGAAAGUUCCGGCUCGAAAAUUACCUUUCGAUGUUUGAAUAAAUUUGUGCUUUUGUUGCAUCAGUAUUAACAUUUGGUUGUAAUUUACAUCAGAAAAAUAUAAUUUAGCAUUGCAUAUUUAGUUCAACAAUCUAAUACUUUUAAUCAACAAACGUUGGAUCUAUUUGUAUAGAUUAG